AUGGGGAAGCAUUUCCACCUGCACGAAAACAUCUCCAAAGUGAGUCCCUUCGAGGGACCACAGUACUACCUGGCUCCGACAUGGGUCUUCUAUGUACAGACCGCCUUUAUGGGCUUCGUCCUAUUUGCGGGGACUCCUCUGAAUUUCAUUGUUCUUUUUGUGACGAUGAAAUACAAGAAGCUGAGGGUGCCACUGAACUACAUCCUGGUCAACAUUUCAUUAGCAGGCUUCAUUUUUGUCACUUUCUCAGUGAGCCAAGUGUUCAUAUCCACAUUGAACGGGUACUUCAUAUUUGGCCAUACGAUGUGUGCGUUGGAAUCUUGCAUGGGAUCUAUAGCAGCUCUGGUGACAGCAUGGUCUCUAGCUGUGCUUUCGUUUGAAAGAUAUUUGGUCAUCUGUAAGCCCUUUGGCGCCUUCAAAUUCGGAAACAAUCACGCCCUGGCGGCUGUUGGCUUCACCUGGUUCAUGGGGAUCGGCUGUGCCACUCCACCAUUCUUCGGCUGGAGCAGGUAUAUCCCUGAGGGUCUGGGCUGCUCCUGCGGGCCUGACUGGUACACACACAACGAAGAGUUCCACUGUAGCAGCUACACCAACUUCCUCAUGGUGACUUGCUUCUUCGCACCGCUCGCCAUCAUUAUCUUCUCCUACUCCCAGCUGCUGGGGGCACUACGUGCUGUUGCGGCGCAGCAAGCUGAGUCAGCCUCCACCCAGAAGGCAGAGAAGGAGGUGUCCAGGAUGAUCAUCGUGAUGGUGGGAUCCUACAUCACCUGCUACGGGCCGUAUGCCUUCGCUGCAGGGUACUUUGCCUACUCAUCAGAGGAGUACAGAGACUACCGCCUGGUCACCAUCCCAGCAUUCUUCUCGAAGAGCGCGUGUGUCUACAACCCCCUCAUUUACGCCUUCCUGAAUAAACAGUUCAAUGCCUGCAUCAUGGAGACAGUCUUUGGGAAGAAAAUGGACGACACCUCGGAGGUCUCCUCUAAGACUGAGACCUCUUCAGUUUCAACAGCUUCUUAA